AUGAAGUUGAGUACCGUUGUUUUCAUACUAUCUACUUUUAUUCUGUUAGAAUGUUGGAUAACGAAUGCUCAUUUGGCUAUAUGGACAAAAUCUAUGUUUGGACAAGAUCGUGGAAAUGUUAAUUCCAAUCGAGCAGCACAGCCAUUACAAGAUAUGAGAUUUGAUCAAUGGUGGUGGCAUGGUGAUAUGAAUGAUCCUCCAGAUGAAGGAGAGGUUUUCAAUUUACCAGCAAAUGGAAAAGCUGAUUUGGAAAUUUCCAGUAAUAAGGCUUUCACUAGUUUGGGUACUGCUCGUCCUGGACUGAAACCAAAUCCAAGAGAUUCACCUAAUCCAUGGUUGAACGAAAAUGGUUGGGGAAAUAUGCAUGCAAGACAACGUCAAGAUGUUGCCGGGUGUGCUCUAGGCAUUGCUUACAAGUCGGAUCCAAGACAAGUUAAACCAGAAGAUUUUGUCAUAUUUUCUGUUGUACAUGAUUGUCCUGCUCGGCAAUUACAAGAAUUUAAAAUUCCCGAUCUACCAGCUUGUCCAAAUAAUAAAUGUAUGUGUGCAUGGUUUUGGAUUCAUGAAUCUUCGGGUGGCACAGAUCAAAUGUACAUGACACCUUUUGUUUGUACUGUGACUGGAAAACCAUCUAAUAGACAAAUCGGUAAGCCACAUCCACCUGUUAAAUGUGAUAUGGACAGAAGUAAAUGUGUUAAAGGAGCUAAAGCACCUAUGUACUGGAAAAAUUUAGAAGGAAACAAUAUGUUUGAACCGGGUCAUUUUGCUCCAACGUACAGUUCAAAAUAUGGUUAUGAAGAUGGUGCACAAAAUGACAUAUUCGUUUAA